CGUUCCAUAGACAGUCUCAACUCUCAAAAUGGAGGCUUGCAUGAAUGUUGAGAGAGAAGCUGACAAAGUUCUUGGCAAAUUCCACGGCGUUUGGAAUCAUGCUGAAAGGACCUUUGAUGAAAUGAUAGAAAACCUUGCAUCUAGGCAAGAAGAGUUAUCAAAGUCCCCCUGUGAUGAUCAAUUCAAUUUGUUUCACAAUCACCUGCUGUUGUCCAGUAUAAAGCGAGUGAGAGAGAUCACAACAAGACUCAGUAAUGAACAUAAAGAUAUUCACAGCAGUGUCUCCAAAGUAGGAAAGUCAAUAGACAAAAAUUUUGUGAGUGAGCUGAUAGACCUGAACCAAGACCCAACGUAUGGCAAUGAAGACCGCAUGAAGCUCCUCAAUACGGUCGUCUUUGAACACUUCUUGAGGCAGGGUAUGCUGGACAUUGCUGAAAAUCUAUCUCAGGAAGCUAAUCUGGAUGUUCCAGAGUCUGCAAAGGAGCCGUUUGUAGAAAUCAACAGAAUUCUUGCCGCACUGAAGGAGAGAAAUCUUGAACCAGCAUUACAAUGGGCAUUGAAUCACAGAGACCAACUCCGAGCACAGAAUAGCUCGCUGGAGUUCAAGUUACACCGGUUACGUUUCAUAGAACUGGUACGGCUAGGUCCAGAGAAGCAAUACGAAGCCCUCUUCUAUGCACGCAACUUCUCCCAGUUUGCAGGAGCCCACGAAAAAGAACUGCAGGUCUUGAUGGGUAGCUUUCUCUACAUUCGGCAAGGCUUGGAAGUGUCACCCUAUGCACGUCUCCUAGAUCCCAUCAACUGGUUGGACAUCUGUGAUGUCUUCACACAGGAUGCUUGCGCUCUCCUAGGCUUGUCCAUCGAAAGUCCCCUCACAGUCGGAGUCUCAGCAGGUGCCAUUGCACUGCCAGCUCUUCAGAAGAUCAAGCAGGUGAUGCAACAAAGACAGUGUCAUGUCAUGUGGACGGCCAAAGAUGAACUGCCUAUUGAAGUUGAGCUGGAGCCCAGUCAGCGCUACCACUCUAUCUUUGCAUGCCCUAUCCUGAGACAGCAGGCAUCAGAAAACAACCCUCCGAUGCGUCUGGCAUGCGGGCACGCCAUCUCAAGAGAUUCCCUCAAUAAACUCAUCAAUGGAAGCAAGAUAAAAUGUCCUUACUGUCCCGUCGAGUCUUCACCGAACGAUGCCAAACAGCUGCACUUGUAACCUCCACCUAAGGACAAGAUGAAGACAUUGCAAAGGCUUCUCUGCCUGUGCUCUGAUAUCAAACAAUGCUUGCAGUUACAUGUUCAUGUUGAAGGAGAGAGAUGUGUUGGAGACAGGUGCAUGGAGUAGGGUCCACUAGGCUAUGCAUUGUUCCAAUGGUCCGAAUGUGACGCUGGUUUCAGAGAACCUUCUCAUACACAGACAAAGGUCAUUGUUACUAUCUUUUCGAGCCCAAGGAAAGUGUUUUAUUAGGGACUUGCAAAGUGUCAUAAAGGGAGUGUGUUUUAAAAGUUGUCUUUAUAACAAGGUUCCACUGUGCUUUACUUUUGGAAUAUACAGUCUUCAAACAGUAGCAAGAGCUUGGAAGAUUUGGGAAAAAAGUUUGGAAAAUGUUUAAGAAUUCCGUACAAGGAGUGAGCCGUGAAUCAUCCACAAGGGUCAUUAAUAUUUUCUUAUAGUCCAGAGAUAUUGGGUACCUAGAUAGGCCUGUACAUGAAGGACUGGCUUACAGUAGCAUCUCAACUCUUUCCAUGCAACGCUGUAGCAGCAAUUCUUACUUUAAAUGAGACAGCAUUGUUUUGAAAAUCUUUGGUGCUAUCAUAAGCAAGCUCAUGAAUGCCUGGCCCCCUCAAGGUGACUCACAGCACAAUCUUCACACAUUUUAAACAGUACCUGUAUACAUAAUUUUUUUUUAUUCAGGGGGUCUUGAGAAAGACAAAUGGCAAACCCCAAAAUAGGGAAUUUUGUCAUUGUGAGGUCAAGGAUGAGAACAUGGUAUGGCUUAGAUCUCUGACAAGCAAUGUUGGGUUGUUUAUUUCGAGGAUGGAUCUUUUUUGCAGGCAAGAAUCCUCUUGAAGUUGCAACCGAGGAAAAGUGUGAAAUACAUGUAAAUAGGAUUUUGAUAUUUAUUGUAAUCAGAAGCUAUAUAGAAAAUAACAGGGAAGAAAAACAUAUGUUAAAGGUAGAUGAGAGGUUUACAUAGAGAAAGAGUUGAUGUCAGAUGAAGUGUUUCUUGAUAGUGAAAAGUAAAAAGAGACAUGUGUAUACUCUUUCUUUUUUUGAAAGAGUAUACACAAGGUAAGAAAAUAUGUAUAUUCACAGAGAAUGUGGAUGAAUUAUGAUGUACAUGUACAUAUAUAUGUAUUUACAGGAAGAUUUUGAGUUGUGGUAAUGAAGAGAAUUUAUUUUUUCCCUGUAUGAUAUAAUGUGCUUAAUUAUAUGAGAAUAGACGGAUAUCGUGUAUACUAUGUAAUCUAGAUCCGAGCCCCUGUCUUGUAAAGCGUUGCGAUUCAUUUGAUCCAGAUUGAUGGCAAGUCGUCCAGUCAAUCGCUAACUCACAGACUGAGUUGCGAUUGAUAUCAAGUUGUGAUCGAUUUGAAAUAAUCAAUCAUUAGUGCUUAGAAGACAAGGCUCUGGAUGGCAGGAUAUCUAGGAGCCAGAAGGGCGUUAACUCAACACUUUUAAAAGCGUUGGCGCUCUUCUAGCUCUCAAUCAUUAUCAAAAUACCCAUGCAUGCGAUUUGUUGGGGCCCGUUUCACAAAGCCUUUUUUCAAUGACAAAUGGCAAAAAUCAGUGACAAAUCUGCUGAUAACCAAUCAGAAGUAAGCAUUUUAGUAGCUUAUAACAAAAAUGUCAUUUGUCACUGAUGACAAGUUUUGUGAAAUGCCCCCAGGUAUUGCCUUGUGCAAGAAUGAGCCCAAAUAAAUAAAUGAUUGAUUUUGAUGUAUGGAGAAGACAUCCAUCAUUUUAAACCUAAAUGGAAAUCCAACCUUGAUAGCAAGCUAAUCUAGAGGGAAGCAGGGAAAUCAGAGAAGUAGACUGGUGAAAGUUUGAAUGAAAUUGGGCAAAAAAUGAGAAAGUUAUGAAUUUUUGUGAAGUCGCAAUCACUUUGACUGAAUCGAUAAAGUCCCUGUGAUGGAGUGGUGGAAACCUUCCCAUUUUUCCAACACACAAAAUGACUAUAAUUUU